GACUUCUAAGACACAAACAGAAAUGCCUAUUUAAAUUUUUCUUUGAAGGAGUACACCUGCAGUCUUCUCGCCCAUCCACUCAGUUUUCCUAGGGUGAUGACCACCUUGAGUUUUUGAGCUAGAGAAUGCCUCCUGAUCCCUCCUGUAAUAUUUAAUGUUUAUUACGCGCUACCGCUCCCAGCCCCUCUAUGAAUCUCUUUGUUGGUUCCUUCGUAGUUCGUUGUAUCCGUCUCCCAGAUGAUGUCAAUAAUAUUGUAGUUCUGUGAAGAGAAUAUUGACAUACGAGUUAUACUUUUGCUUACCUGAUGUUUGUAAGUAAUCUUCAAUUGCUAAGUAAGUAAAGGUUGUCAUUCUGACAAGACCACUGAUGAUCAUGGUCCUUCAAAAUGAGGCGCUGGGACCUGAAAUCGCUGACGUGGCAGCUAGUAUGCCUCAUUUUCACUCUUCCCAGCCUCCUCUGGUACGAGAUUCGACAGGGAGAAGCGUUGUCCCCACACACAACUCGUGCGAAAGAGGAGGUCCUCGAUAGCGAGAGUGCUAAAGGCGAUGGUGAUAAACAAGACGUGGACGAAGUCUCAGAUUACGAUGACCAAGAGAGUAAUUUCGGAACUACCCCAUCCUCAUGGGGAGGUGGAGGACCUACCUUGCGCAAGCACGACGUGGCAGCGGGAGGACCGUCGUCUUCUACUUCUAGCACCACAAACUCAUCGUUUAAGGAUACUGAAGGAAGUAGUACAACAGGGGCCAGUCUGCAAGCCGCACUCGUUGAGCGAGACAGCUAUAGAACCGCCAAUCCCAGUGGCUUUUCUACUUCCGCUGAUAGCACAUUGGAUACUGAUCGGCUUCUCCUCGUCGCUCUCGCUGACAGUGGUGAGAUCCGCGGUGUGGACCGAAGUAGCGGACAGACAAUAUUUCGGUAUCAGCUAGGUCAUUCCCUAGUUGGUGGCUCGACUGCAGAGAGCGAAGAUGAGCAGGACCCUCGUCGAGGUGGUCGAAGUAGAGGCGGUUCGUCGCAUCAUGCUGGAUCAGGUCAUCACAUGGGCAGUAGAAAUGGUCCCUACGCUGCAACAGCUGGGUCAACUUCUAGAUACUCUCCUUCACCUGGAUCGUCAGGUACUAGACAAUAUCAUCGUAGUAGCAACGACAGGCGUACAGGAAGUUCGCCUUCGUACCGUGAAAUCCCGAGAUUCGCUGUCGACAUGGAUGGUUCAGUUCUGUACACGAGGGAUAGCGUGCAGUUUUUCGCGCUACCGCAAUUGAAGAUCAAGGACCUCGUGGCGAAAAGCCCAAUUACCAGUCUUCCAGGCUUCCCGGGUUUGUAUUUUACAGGAAGAAAAACGACACAGUUCCACCAUGUGGCACUUCCACCAGCGUCCAAGGAUAUUGUGCCAGCACCAAAAGUCACAAUAUUGACUACAUCGUCCCAGCCUAGCACCAGCAGUACACCUUCCCAAGUAGAGUCUAGCACUGGUGAAGAUGAACAAGCAACUAUCACGAGAGCAUCCAAAAGAGCCAGUGGACGUACUACAACUACUACAGCACACGCGACGAGUCCUACUAGCGCGUCGCGCUCGUCCAGCGCCAAGGACUAUGUCAUGGAUUUGAUCUCUCGUGUAGUGUCAUCUACUGGCAAAUCGAAGAUUCUCGAUCCAGACGUAGCAGAUGACAACACAGCGACGAUUCUCGAAGAUCAGACACCUGAUACUCGUCUUUUCGACGACGCUCACGGCUCCGAAGAGCACGUCGAUUCCGACAGCAGUACAACAACAUCUUCAGGUUCCGCAGACAUAGUAGACCAUGACCAGCACCUGGAAGCACAGGUCAUCAAAGACGUAGUACUUCCACGAGAUGUUGUAGAUGGAGAGAUAACUGCAACAACUUCUAGGGCUACUCUCUUUAGGAAUAAUCCUUUUGAACGAGUGGUCAUAUUCGGUGAAGCGGAGUACAUUCUAGAGGCCAUGGAUGCGGUGACGCAUCAACGCGUAUGGCAGGCGCAUUACACAGAAAUCAGACCUAUCGAGCUCGAACAAGUGCACGAACUACCAGAAUUUCUGCAGAAACGAGUGCUGCAUUCACUGUUGCAGGAUAGAAGGAUGGUAAUUUUACAGCCUUUGAGGAUUGCGAUUAAUAGUUUAAGUUGUAUCUUUCAGCUUUGCAUAAAUAUCUCUCUAUCUGAUGACUCUGCUUCAUGGUGUCAUGUGUUGAAAACUAGAAAACUUGUCACCUCGACAACUGCUUGUUUCCAAUUAAAUGAACAGCUCUACGUAAACGACGACACAAUCCAUGGCGCGCAGAGGGAUAUCCUUCAUUUCGAAGGGAGAAUUCACUCAGUUUUGACCCUAGUGCCCACGCUCGGCGCCGCUCUCCAGGCCUUGGCCCCUCUAGGUCCUACGGCUUUGGAAGCCCCGCUUCGAACUCCUGAGGAGGAACUAGAGGAGCGAAGUCGCUGGCACCGCUUCACCGUUGCGACAGUGCGUCACGGUAGUUUGCUAACUGCCGACAUUCCGAUAGAAGCGCCUCCUGACACGACAGCGGAUGGGGCUUUUGUAGGCGAUCAUGGUACAACGACAUCUGGCGGGACUGGAAGAGGUCCUAGUGCGAGCAUGUAUCUUGAAGGCACAACCGCAGAUCAGCUUCACCACUUGCGCGGACCAACGGCGUCGGGCUCGGCGGGCGAGGUUGUCUUAGCACGUGAUAUUCACAAGCGCACGCGCAAUAGCGAAAUGCUAGAGCGGGAUAUUCUACAGCGGCUGUCCUUGAGCGGUGACUCCUUCGAGGAACUAGUGGCGGAAGAUCCUUUGUGGCUGUUGACAGCAGGCGAGACCGGAGAUCAUGCAGGUUUGCUAGGAGAUCCCCUUUCAGGCAUGACAGGAAUGACCCAAGGUGGCGGUGCAAUGUUCGGCAGUCCUGCAGGAGGCGCAACAGCUCACUCAGGCUCAAGCGUCGUCCAUCACUUUAUCUCCACCAAUCCUAAUGGAGGACCGCCUGGAGGUAAGCAACGUUUUAUCGGUACAACUGCAGACGGUUCGGGUCGUGCGCCUGGUCAACAACAUUUUACAGGUUUCGCUAGCAGCUUGCUCUUGCCUGGGCCAGUAUUUGGCUCUUCAGGACAAGACAGAAGUGUUGAAACUUCUGACGGAAGACUAUCGUCGUCCACGACGAGUGGUCCGUCAGUAGCCGACCUCCUUGCAGGGAGGCAAAGAGGGCCAAACGGAGGCACGGGACCCCGCUUUCCUUUCAACGCGUUGUUAACACGCAGAAUGCUGCUGAGGCCUCGUAGUCCGCUUGCCGCAGCUCCUCAAGCAGGAGCCUUUGAUGACGUUCUUGUCCACCACCAAGCGCCUCCAGGAAACUCUGAAGACGGUGCUUCCUCAACCUCUGGUGGCCGGCAGUCAGACGACGACUACUUUUUUGAUGAACGCACAGGUCUUUGGUACCGCGUGUCUCCUCUAGACAGUGAUGACGAUGAUGAGGAAGCCUUGUUUCCUACUCCGCACAAAAUCGUGGAGGACGUCAAAGGUUUCGUCUACAACAAGUUGAUUCAGCCAAUCACAGGUGGAGCUCCCUAUACUCCAGCAGAAGCAUUGGAGUAUCCAGCAGCAUUGGAAGGUGGCGGAGCGGGAAACGCACUUCAGCAAGGUGAGGACCAGAGGGAAACUGCAACUGGGAAUGCUCCUUUACAGGCAUUGCAGGAAAUCCGCAGACAGCGUGCCAGAGCUCGCACAGCCCGCCUACUGGCUUACUACUCCAACAAUGUCGAAGAAUAUCUCGGAGACCCCUAUAACAACCCCUUUGUCCAAUACAACUAUCCACCUGGAGGAGCUGCUGUUGGGGAUCCUAAGAGUAUGUCUCCUCCGAUUCAGAGCAAGCUUGCAAGACAUCCCUACUACGACGCUGCAACUGGAAGGUACUAUCCUCCAGAGGACGAUGGCAAAAGACAUGCCUACUACGACGCUGCAACUGGAAGGUACUAUCCUGGAGACCACGAUGUUGACAACGGCUUAUUCUCCUUUUUCUACGAUGCUUACCGCGGUCGGGGUCUCAAUUUCAAUCGAGUACGAACAGCCUUGUUAUAUGGACAUCCUGCGUACGUGAAUCCUCCUCCACCAGCACGUCGCAGUGGCUUUCGUCGUUACGUGCGGUCCAGCAUGCACGAGCCUAACUUUUUCAAAGCGAUUUUACUUGCCAUGAUUUUUGGGAUGGUAUUUGCAGUUUCGGUCGCAGACUUCUACUUGGGCUACAAACUUCGAAAAAAGCUUCCAGCAUUGGUAGCAGUAAAACUUUUGCGGAGAUACGUCCGCUGUCUCCAGUGUUCUGAGACGUUGACUCCACCACGCUUUUGCCUCGCCAUUUACGUGUGUUUCCUAUCCGUGAUACUAGUUUUGCCUACAGGUACAAGCGCAAAACUGUUUUUGGCAAUAGCGAGUGGUGCUGGCGCGUAUUUCUUAGGCUUCCGCAUUCCAACAGCAAAAUUGGAGAAACUGGCAGAUGCUUUAGAUUUGUAUGCGAGAACAACUACUAGUACUGCAGGUGCUGCAAUCACAACUGCUAGUACUACUUUGUCCACUAGAAGGGGUACUGCUGGUCAAGGAGGAACUGGAAUAGGUAGAGGAGACGACGAUCUGGAAGAGCUGGAAGAAGCUGAAGACGACGAUCUCGAAAGAACAAGAUCUUUAACAGAAGCAGCUGCGCAGGCAGCUUUGCGCAACGAGGACGAAAUAGAAACGAUCAGCGGAAAACAAAAGCUCUUACUAGUAGGAAAUGAUGGACAGGGGCUGCUGAGCGACCAAACAAAAGCGACGUUGUUAAAAAGUACAGGAAAUGGAGAAAACGACUCUUCCUCCUCUAGUGAACAGACUAAUUCCAUCUCGCCCUUACCCUCCACCGCUCCGACACAGCUUGGCUUUCAAGGAGCACAGACUUCGCUUGUGCCGCCAGACAGUCAUCUGGGUCUGUCUUUGCAGAACAGUUUCAUGUUUCGCCAGUUCGAGGAGGUCACCUAUUUAGGCGAAGGCGGAUUUGGUGUCGUCUAUAAGGCACGAAACAAACUUGAUAAGAGUUACGCAGCUUUUAAGGUGAAGAAUUACAAACUCACGGCAGACGAGAACAUGUCCAAGAUAGAGCGGUCGUUUAACGAGGUGAAAACGUUUCUGGCGAUGAAGCACAAGCAUUUAGUGGAUUUCCACAUGCACUGGUGUGAGGAAGCACAAUUCUUGCCGGACAAGGCGAAGGUAAAACGACAAGAGUUACCAAUAGAGCCGGAAGGUGGAGGCUUCGAUUCUCAUCAGCCUGAGAACGGCGACGGAGGUGAAAAAGAGAAAGAAGACGCUGAGCAAGAAGAAGACGAGGGGUUAUUGGAGAGAAGCAAAAGCGUUUCUGGAAGCAGAAGGCCUAAAAACGAAGAUCCUGGCGACCGGUCUUUGCGAAACCAUCUCUUAGGACUGGACGAUGACCCCUCGCCUCUGGAAAUCAGCGGCCGAAGCGGACGCCAUCGAGCUGACGCGCUAGAGCUGUCCUCUCUACCUAAAAAUGAUGAAGUAGACAGGGAAAUCACUAUGUUUUCCAUGGAACGCAGUGCCACGUGGCUUCGAAGGAACUCUCCCCAAAACGCCGACCUUCAACAGCCAAACAGCGUAAUCAUGAAGGUGAACCUCACUACAAGCGACAACGACGACCACGAUGAAGAGUUCUUGAACGAGGGUGACAACAAACUUAGCAGCAAUAGUCCAAUCAUGCGUGAAGAUGAUGUGGAAUAUAGUGCUGUGAGCCAAAGAGCUGCUAGUACUAGUAGUGGACAUGGUGGUGGUCUUGGGGGACAUGCCUCAACAAACUUGCUGCAUUCACAGCAAUCACAUACAAACUCGGGUACCUCUGCGUCAAGCGCAUGGAAUACGCAACAACAGGCCGUAACAGAGGAUCCCUCGAACGGGACUACAGGCGCUGAAGGUACCACAGCGGAACAUGUAAAUAGGCUGAUCCUACAUCGUGCCGAAAGCGUGAAAAGGAAUAGUGAGUAUCACUUGGAAACUGGAGAAGCUGGACAGGCAGAACAGGAAGGUGCUGACCCUUUCCGCUCACCUCCUUCAAUGCCGGCCGGAGGCGAACAUCACAACCCGCAAGAAGGCGUCGAUCAGCAAAGAAGCGAAACUAUUCAAUUCGUCCCAUCUGAGCAGCACGGAACUGGAGCUGUUAUUGCUGCAGCAGUGCGUCGUUUUGAUAGCCUUGACCGGGACAACAACGGAGUGCUACAUGACGGUGAUAAACCGAAGAAGUUGAAUAAUGAAAAUGACGAGGACGAAGAAUCAGGAUCGGGGAGCGCUGACGAUAGCACGAGCUUAGAUCCUCUUGUACGAGUGAAGAGUGCUUACAUGGACACACAGGUACUAUUUAUGACUUCGGUGGAACUGAGAAGUUGAUGUUUCUUUUGAUUGCCCACCUCGUUAUCAAGUUAUCUCAUGAUUUUGCCUAUCUGUCUAAGUACUGGAGACUACUUCCACCCUCUCCAAAAUCACAGGAACUGCUUCGCAAUAAGCUGAUCACUCCCGAACAACUUGCACCGCUGUUUGAUGUGUGUCUCGUCAUGCAUAUGGAGCUCGUCGAGGGUCCGAAUUUACGCGCGUUCCUCACAGACUCGCGUCGUUCACUAGAAUGGGGCGUUUUCACAUCUAUGUUUCAGUUCUGGACCGGCUAUGAGGAAGCUGAAGAGGCGGUAAAAAGCCAAUCGAGGAAAAGCUCUAGAGCUGCAAGCGAAGAACCAUUGCAAGUGAAGCUUGUUAGCAAUGAAAGCGACUCCGACUCUGAUCACGUGCCAGCACCUGCAAACAACGCACUCCUAGACAACGAUGGGAUAAUAGCCGAAAACAAGAACAAAACACUAGUAGCACCUGCCGGUCAACCUACCACUUCCUCUUCCUCCACCUCAGCGGUGAGCAGCAAUAAGUCUAAAAAGAAAGACGACUUCUUAUGCCACGACCGAGUAACACCUGGCGUUGUCGAUGACAGUCCUUGGUGGGGUGCCGUGGAAUUCGAGUGGAUGCGCCAACUGAUUAAAGGAAUGAGAGCCAUCCACAAAAAGGGAUUCGUUCAUCGCGAUCUUAAACCGCAAAAUUGCUUCUUGGAUCUCAGACAAGGUAUUUCUUAGGUGGACUAGAUGUUUUCAUGUCUACAUAUAUGUUGAGCUACUAGAAGGAGCUUUAGUUUAUAUAGUAGUCGUAUUUUUUCACCACUUUUACGAAGCCUUGGUUCCUAGAGUCUGCGACAAACCCUUUUUCAUAAGGAAAAUCCCAUCUUUCACUCCUCCCUCCUACUCGAAAGUACAUGAAUGCCCCAUGAAGCGCGUUGCAGGAAGUAGAGUAGUCUAGUCUUUCAAACCCCUGGAGUGGGUACAUACAUACAUACAUACAUACAUACAUACAUACAUACAUACAUACAUACAUACAUACAUACAUACAUACAUAGGUAUCCUCAAGAUCGGCGAUUUUGGUUUGACUAGUGCGCAGCCUGUUCAGGGUGCACGAGGCAAUAGUAACUCGCCUUUCAGUCCCUACUGGGGCACGCCAAUGUACAUGCCGCCAGAGGGCAAUCUUUUGCAGGAAUCCACAGACGUGUACGCAGUUGGCCUAAUAAUGCUGCAGCUGAUGUGCCCAAGAUUCGUUACACAGGUAUCUUUUUUUGGCUUAAUAGAGGCACAACUUAUACAUAGAUACGUGGCACUGGCUUAAGGCUUAAUAGAGCCAUUUGAUUUCUUAGAUUUCGAAGCUGCUUGUGCUACCUGUAAGAGUGGAUGUUUGCAGGAUAGUACGUGGCACAACUUAUACAUAGAUACGUGGCACUGGCUUAAGGCUUAAUAGAGCCAUUUGAUUUCUUAGAUUUCGAAGCUGCUUGUGCUACCUGUAAGAGUGGAUGUUUGCAGGAUAGUACGUGGCACAACUUAUACAUAGAUACGUGGCACUGGCUUAAUAAUUAAAGCCAUUUGAUUUCUUAGAUUUCGAAGCUGCUUGUGCUACCUGUAAGAGUGGAUGUUUGCAGGAUACGUGGCACAACUUAUACAUAGAUACGUGGCACAACAAAUUGAACUUCCCCUACCAAAAAUGGCAACUGAAAGUCGCGUCAUCUUGGACAUCAAACUUGACUCAUCUCCCAUCCAAAAUUGUUCCUCAGAUGGAACGCCAACUCCUGAUCGACGGCUUCAAGAGCCAGGCAGUCAACGUGGUUCCGGAUUUGGAGCAAAGAGUUGACGGAGCUGUGUAUGACACCUGGUUCCGUGUGCCUCGAGAGCUGGUACGACGUUGUGGUCAGCACGAACCGAGUCGCCGCAUCUCUUCUGAAGAAUUGCAUAGACAGCUCAAGCAGUUCCGUCUCGGCUUUUCAUCUUCUGGUAGAGGGGUUAGUGCAACUAUGUCAGACAGAACAACAGUGGCUGAAGCGGCAUAGGAAAGCAUUGCUGUGGCAAGGAAGCACUAACAUUGAAUUCGCUUCAUGACGUGUUCACACGACAGAAAAGAGAAAAUUUAUAUAUAGCGCCUUAAGGUUUUCGUGUUUUCGACUUCAAAAAAUGGUUUGCUUAUUGAUAGCUUUUCGCAGAAUCACUUCUAUCUAGGUAAUCCAGUAUCACUAAUGUCAAUAACUACUGUGGAAAAUAUCUGUCUAAUUUCUGUAUCAGAAAAGUGUAGCAAUCACUCAUACACCCAAACCUAAUGACUACGAAACUGUAACUUCUCAGUCCCAUCCUCGCCGCGCCGCCCCUCGGAACUCCGUCUGGAAAAAUAUUUUAUGAAGCCUAUAGAAUCCAGAGAAUACUUGCUUCACGCCCAUGAAGUCUUUUUUUGUUUCCUUAAUUUGUUGACAGUUUCUCACUAACGGUAACAAGCUCUGGCUCACGCUCUCUCACUAAACUCUAACUCAAUGUUUUCACGGCUCGUGUAACUUUCACUUAGUGAUACAAGAAGGUAACUUAACUUUUCACAAUUAGAAGGUCUUAGCUUCAGUGGAAAAUCGAAUGAUCAUUUCGCUCUUGGUUCUGGUGCGAAGCAGGGGAAUGAAAAACAGCGAAAGCAAGUAUCACAACAACGCAUGCUCAUGUGUGGUAAGGGUGUACUAAAUUUUUGACACAAAAAAAUGAACCUCCUUUUGAAAAAUAAGAACCCCCAUGACGCUAAUGCGGCUAUCCCGGUCCAAGACCAUGACCUUCCUUAGAUGUCAAUGUACACUGUAAUGCUAAUCAAUGUUCUUGAAGAUGUUCCAGCUGUCACGGCAGCAACGACAGC